AUGGGCCACAAUGCAACCCCACCUCUGCCGGAAGGCAUUUUCUCACUUCUGGACACAGAUUUGUAUAAAUUGACGAUGCAAUGUGCAAUCUUGAAAUACUUCCCAGACGUCCACGUAACGUAUGCCUUCACGAAUCGAACACCGCAUAUGAAAUUGCGCCGUGCCGCUUAUAAAUGGCUCCUAGAGCAGAUGGAGAAACUUGCGAAUAUCCGUGUGACGCCGGAAGAGCGAGCAUGGCUCAAGCAGAAGUGCCCAUAUCUCAAUGAUACCUACCUUACAUUCCUGGACACUUUCAAGCUCAACCCUGAAGAGCAGAUUGAGAUCAAAUUCACCCCGACUCAGGAUACUGGCAGCGAAGAGGAUGAAGGUGACAUUGAAUACACCAUCAAAGGCCUCUGGGUAGAUACAAUCUUGUACGAGAUCCCACUACUUGCUCUCACGAGCCAGGCGUACUUCAUGUUCAGCGACAAAGAUUGGGACUACAACAACCAAGAGGAGAAGGCCUUCAGGAAAGGGUGUGAACUUUUGGAGAAUGGAUGCGUGUUCUCCGAGUUCGGCUCUCGUCGGCGGAGAGAUUAUCACACUCAAGACCUCGUGAUGACGGGUCUCUGUCGGGCUGCGGAGGAAGGAAAGCGACGAGGAUGGAAGGGUGUGUUCACGGGUUCAAGCAAUGUGCAUUUUGCGAUGAAGUACAACGUCAACGCGGUUGGUACUGUGGCUCACGAGUGGUACAUGACCAUUGCCGCGAUCACAGACGACUACGAGAACGCCAACGAACUUGGUCUGCGUUAUUGGCUCGGCUGCUUUGGAGAAGGGGUUCUUGGUGUUGCGCUUACCGACACGUUUGGCACACCGGCUUUCCUCGAUGCCUUCCGCAGACCUAUCCUUGAACCUACUGUGGACAGUGAUGCUUCCGCGAAGCCGCCUGUCACAUCCGAUGUCCACACGGACAAAUCCCACUCCAAGAAGACAUAUGCCCGAGUUUAUGCAGGUGUUCGGCAAGAUUCUGGCGACCCAUCCUACUUUGUCAAAAUGGUUCGCGAUUUCUACGAUCGUGAGGGCAUCACUGAGAAGAAGACGGUUGUCUUCUCGGACUCUUUGAACAUCGAGCAUUGUCUGGAGUAUAAGGCAAUUGCUGAAGAAGCCGGCUUCAGUCCUACCUUCGGCGUUGGCACAUUCUUCACAAAUGAUUUCACCAACAAAUCGAAUGGCGAGAAGUCCAAGCCCCUCAACAUUGUCAUUAAGAUCGCCACCGCCAACGGCCGGCCUGCCGUCAAGCUGAGCGAUAACAUGGGUAAAAACACUGGUGACAGGGCCAAGGUUCAGGAGGUGAAGAAGAAGUUGGGCUACACGGAGCAAUCGUGGGCUGAGGGUGAUGAGAGUAACCGCUGGGAUGGGCGAUCCUAA